CAUAUGUUUACUAUCAACUUGAUCUAUUUUAAUGGUUGGAAUGUGUGCCUACAAGCUGGCAUCUCAGUGGAAAACCCAAUACAAAUAGACAAUCAGACAUAUGGAAAGAAACACCAAAUCUUCCCAUAUCACCAAAAAAAACACCAAAUCAACCAUGGUUCUCCUCCCUUUCCCUUCUACUACCCUUCUCAUUUCCUGUCUUCUCUGCUUCUGCAUCACAUUAUCUCAAGCCCAGCAACCCUCUUUCCGCCCAAAAGCCCUAGUCCUCCCCGUUACGAAACACCCAUCAACACUCCAAUACCUCACCCACAUCAUCCAACGAACCCCACAAGUCCCAGUGAAGCUAGCCCUCGACCUCGGCGGCCGAUCCCUCUGGAUCGACUGCGAAGAUAACUACGCCUCAUCGUCCUACGCCCCGUCUCGCUGCGAAUCGUCUCAAUGCCACCUCGCAAACUCCAACCUCUGCACCACCGAAUGCUACCAAUCGGCACCAAAGCCGGGCUGCUACAACAACACCUGCGGCAUGCUGCUCGAGAACACCUUCACCCAAACCGGUACGACCGGGGAUCUCGGUCAGGACCUCGUCUCGAUCCAAUCGACCGACGGGUCGAAACCGGGCAAAAUCGUCAAAGUUCCGCACUUUCUCUUCACUUGUGCCCUCAGUUUCGUGCUAGAUGGACUUGCAAAGGGUGUGAAGGGAAUUGCUGGACUUGGCAGGAGUAACCUCUCCCUCCCUUCUCAAUUCUCUGCUGCCUUCAGUUUCCCCAAGAAAUUUGCAAUCUGCUUGAGCAAAUCCGGGAAAGGAGCUGUCUUCUUUGGAGAUGGGCCUUAUGUGAUGCAACCAAACGUUGAGAUCUCCAAGUCAUUGAUCUACACUCCAUUGCUUCUCAAAAAGGUCAGUACAGAUUUCGCUACCUUUGCAGGGGAGCCUUCCUCUGACUACUUCAUUGGAGUCAAAUCAAUCAAAAUCAACAACAAAACUGUCCCAUUCAACACUACUUUGCUCAAAAUCACCAAAGAGGGUUUCGGCGGGACGAAGAUUAGCACUGUUCAGCCAUACACCGUCCUCGAGACUUCGAUUUACAAAGCUGUGAUUGCCACUUUCGCCAAGGCGCUGAGUGGAGUGGCCAGAGUGGCAGGGGUUAGGCCGUUCGAGCUGUGUUACAACUCGGCGGCGAUUGGGAGCACACGAGUUGGACCCGCUGUGCCGCAGAUCGAUCUGGUGUUGCAGAGCAGCAAAGUGUACUGGAGGAUUUUCGGUGCGAACUCGAUGGUUCAAGUGAAGAAAGGUGUUCUCUGCCUCGGGUUUGUGGAUGGUGGGAUGGAUGCCAGGGCUGCCAUUGUGAUUGGUGGGCAUCAGUUGGAGGAUAAUCUGCUGCAGUUUGAUCUUGCCGCUUCGAGAGUUGGGUUCAGCUCGUCUUUGUUGUCUAGGCAGACUAAUUGUGCCAAUUUUAACUUCACUUCUGCUGCUUGAAGGCAGGGGAAUUGUUGCAGGGUUAAGAGAUGGCGUGCCAUUUGUUGUUUUAGUGUCUUUUUUUUUUCUUUUGUUUCAGCUGAAGUUUGGAAUCUAAGUCGAGUAAUUCAGAAUUAGUUGAUGGGUCAAAGCAAGUUCUUGUAAUUGUUAGCAAAACUAGUCAGGGUUGGUCGAGCUUGAUGGCUGCAAGUCUGUACUUCAUCAAUACCUGACUUUUCAAUAGACGUUUUUGUGAGCU